AACGUAUGCAUCGGAACAAGUGUCCCAGCAAAACAGGAAUAACAGUGUGAAAAGAGACAAAACCCGGUCCGCGAACGUGAUAAAAACAUAAAUCAAAGUGUAUCGAUAUUAAAAAUGCAUCUGACUACGAACAAUACGACGACAAACAGCGGUAACACGAACGGGAACAACGUCGGUAGCAAUAACAAUGGUGCCGGAAGCGGAGGUGGAAGUAGUGGCGGAGGAGGUGCAUCAGGAGCGGGAACCAAUAGCAACAACAAUAACAACAGUAGUAGUAGCAAUAAUAAUAACAACAACAACAACGGCACUAGCAACAACAAUGGUAAUGGGGCAGCAGCUGGAGAAAAUGGUCCACCGUCGGCCGCCAGCAUACUGCAGGACACCUACACAAAGAUGACGUCUGAUAUACUGGCCGAACGGACGCUGGGCGAUUUUCUCUCCGAGCAUCCGGGCGAACUGAUUCGAACCGGGAGUCCUCUGUUUGUUUGCACGGUGCUGCCACCGCACUGGCGAUCGAAUAAAACACUUCCGGUUGCGUUCAAGGUCGUUGCGCUCGGGGACGUCGGCGACGGGACAAUGGUGACGGUACGGGCCGGUAAUGACGAAAAUUAUUGCGCCGAACUGCGAAACUGUACAGCUGUGAUGAAGAACCAAGUGGCCAAAUUUAACGAUCUCCGAUUCGUGGGGAGAAGCGGACGAGGCAAAAGUUUUACCCUCACCAUAAUGAUAUCCACGAGUCCUCCCCAAGUUGCCACCUACAACAAAGCCAUCAAGGUGACCGUCGAUGGACCACGAGAACCCCGGUCGAAAACAAUGUUAUCACCGCUUCUUCUAGGGCAACAGCAGCAGUUCCACUUUGCCUUCGGUCAGCGCCCGUUCCACUUUCCAGCGGAUCCACUGUCCAGCUUCCGGAUGCCGCCAAUAGAUAUGUCCCAAUUCGGUCUGGGUACAGCCAACUCCCACUGGAGCUACAGUACAAGCGGUCCGUACUCACCAUAUCUGACGUCCUGCACCACACCAACGGCAGCUCAGUUCAACAAUCCUGCUCUAGGUUUUACCUGCUCCAGCGGUGAACAGAACGCUGGUCAGGAUUUCACCAGCACUGGAAGAGACUGCGUUCCAAUGCUUCCGGAUUCAACGGCAGCCGAUUUGGAUCAGCACCUGAGCAGCCUAGUAGGAACUCAACAAACCGCCCAAAUGACCCAUCCCAGCCUGAUGACUACCAACGGAAGUAGUAAUCCCGCUGGAAAUGGCUCCAACGGAAACGGAGUGACCGCUCAAGCAAACACCAUCACCACAACCAACGGCUCCAAUGGACUUUUAGUUCCUCGCUACCAAAGCAAUUCCAGCAACAAUGACUACGCUCUUCACACGAGCCAAAGUGGACCACGUAGUUUGAGUGAUUCAUCGCAGGCAGAGUCUCCAGUUCAGGAAGAUCUCCUUUCAUCAAAUACCCCAAACUUGGGAGGCGCCGCAAACCAGAACUUCUCCAGCUUGGUCGUAAACCAAAGUCAAUCUAAUUAUGGUUCCAGUGGGGGAAGUUGUAACGGAUCGAUUUACCCGGUUCUUCCAGCAAGCUUACUUUAUUCGCAACUCUACACAGCAGCCAAUCAAACCCAUGGAUUCCAUAACCACCCCUUGCAAAACACCCAUACGGCUGCCCAGAAUACUUCGAUGCAUGCCGGAGAACUGCAAAGUGUUAUGGAUCAUUUGACCUCAACUACGGCCAAUGGCGGUCGACAGCAUCCGAAUCUAAUGAGCAACAAUCCUCACACGGAUCUUUCCCUGAUAGGGAACUGUGGGGCAAUGGCUCGAGGGGCUCUGGACGAAUCUGGAGCAAGAGCUCUGGCUGGUGCCCGUGGUGUUCCACCGCAAGGGCAAGUUCAAUCCGAAAACGGGAACUCCGUCUGGAGGCCAUACUGAGGAAAGCUUCAACCGUAGGGCUUAAGUGCAAUAUAAGUAAUUCGCUUCAAUGGUUGCUGAUUGUUAUCACCAAAGAAUAUGUUGACUGUUUUCUAGUUAAGUUGUACAGAUUUAAUUUUCCGAAACGCUUAUUUAAUUUCUCACACUGUAAAUAGCGGAUUUAAUCUCGCAGAAUGGCAUUUGAUCCCAGGGUUGAUGUACACUGAACACUACAUGUUAUUCCGUACUAAGAUGCAACAGUAGUUAAAUGAAGCUCCGUAUACAGUUUAGAAUGGAUAACAGAUUGUAGCGCUUCUCUAUUUGUCAAACAUUCGAUGCACGAUGAUAUGUAAACCUAUGUAAAAACAAGUUUAUGUAACGAAUUACUGGAUUUUAAACAAUCAAAAACGCAAAUAGAGUUCCAGCCAAAAGCGUCCCCGGAAAACUUAUCCCAUGUAUUUGUAGUUACCAUAAAUAUACAGUGCGCAGCUGUUACUGAACUUCCUAUUUUCUAUUACUAAAGAGUAUUGUCGAAACCGUAGCCAAAAUGUAGAACGUAAUGGAAACAAAACUCAAUAGAAUAAAUAAAACUAAAACAGGAAAAUGUUUCCUCUCUUGAUGUGAAGUUUUCUUGAUUUAAUGGUAGUGAUGCAUGUGAAUUUGAAGAACAGUGUACGAAAUGUCUGCGUCCAAACCCAACAAAUAGAAGAAUGUUUUGAACAGUAGCCGGUCAAGAUGUUAUUUUUAAGUAGGAAUAUCGAUUUCUACCCUGUAAAAUAAUGCUGUGAAACGAAUAAGAAAUAAAUGCUGAAA